AUGAUUUAGAAUCUAAGUAAGAUAAUAGUACAACUUAAUUUAGUGGCUAUAUCACAAAAGGAUUCAGUAAUCAAAUGCUACCAAAUCCUGCUUCAGCAUCUUAGGGAAACUAAUUGAGAGGAUAUGGGAGGAUAUAGUUUUUUGUUUGUUUGUUUUUGUUUUCCCCUCUUUCAGAGUAGUACUGUAGUACUGUAGAGUAGACGUGAUCCACACUCCAUACCAGUUGGUAGCGGUAAUGCACCAAUUCGUUGUUUGCCAACCGGCAAUAAACAACAAAGAAGAAGAAGAAGGGAAGAAAAAAAAAGGAAGAAGAAGAAAAAAGAAAGAAAAAGAACGUAACUGACGGAGCUCGCGAGAAGGAUGCUUGUAUGAGCGUACGUAUGUACGUAUUCGACGUAGCGGUGGAGCAUAAGGGGACACUGUCAGAAACAGUCAAGUAAAGACGUUUUCUUUCCACUAGCUACUGCCAAAUAACCCAAGCUAAAUUCUGUCAGAGAGGAUACACUGGCAGUCUCCACUGGUUGUUUAUUUCCAGCAGCUGCUAUGUGAUUUGCGCUAUUACAGUAGCAGAUGAAUGUAACAAUGCCUGCAGACCAUGUCUCAGAAAGAAGAUAGUGAAGGGAAAAGGAGCUCUCACCAUACUGAACUGUAUGGCAGCAUCCCUCGAACAUGUCUGCCCAUUGUGUUCCACCCAGACUACAACAUCACCUUCAUGGGUCUUGAAAAGCUCCAUCCAUUUGAUGCAGGGAAGUGGGGGAAAGUCAUUCGCUUCUUGAAAGAAGAGCAGUUCAUCACUGAUGGAAACAUUGUGGAAGCCCUUGAAGCUACUGAGGAGGAUCUGCUGGUGGUUCACACCAAACGCUACCUCAGCAGAUUAAAGUGGUCUCUGGUGGUGGCAACAAUUACAGAAAUCCCACCUCUCCUGUUUCUGCCUAAUUUCCUGGUGCAGCGAAAGGUGUUAAGGCCUUUGCGGACACAGACAGGAGGGACAAUAAUGGCGGGAAAAUUGGCUGUUGACCGAGGAUGGGCAAUAAAUGUAGGAGGUGGUUUCCACCACUGCUCCAGUGAUAGGGGAGGGGGCUUUUGUGCCUAUGCUGACAUCACUCUGGCCAUUAAG